UCGGAUUCUUACUCAGUUGGUUUACUAUUAACAUUGCUUGACAACUACUUAAUUUUGAAAGAAAUAGUAGGAGCUACAUUCAUAAAUAUGACUUUAGAGUAAUAUGACGAGCCUUUCAAAAAAUAAAACAUAAAUAUUAAGCAAAACACUGAAAUAUUUAAAUUUAUUAAACUUUUAGUUGUAUGGGAAAGAGUCAGAAGAGCUUCUCUUUCUAUCAUUGUUGAAUAAAAUUCAAAAAAAUUUAAAUCAAACUAAAGUGAGAUGAAAUAAAUUAUAUCAUAGCAUUCUUUAGAUUCAAAAUAAAAUGCUGAAACUGUAAACAUCGGAUCUACUGCUCCAUUAAUUUCUUAAAAUUAGAUUCCAAUUUAAGAUAUCAAGUAGAUUAAGAUAGAGAGUAUGAAGGAUUUGUAUAAAAUUACAGAAUUUCAUUAUGUCGAAAUAUAUUUAAG